UCAAACUAAAGCACAGUUUCUGAAAGGGUAGGUGAUUGGAAAAGACAAACCUUAACAGUUCAUCAUCUAUAGUACUGAACCUUGCAAAUGGCGAAAUGGGUUUUGGUUAGACGUUUGGGAAUGGGUUGGCUGCUGAUUACUAUAUAAGGCAUAUUGCGUACUUUGUGCCAGCCUAAUUACACUUGCAAGUACUAGUGCCAAUCCUAGCAAUAAAUUCUGCAAUUUGAUCCUCCAAGCAAACAAAAUCUUGAUCGACACCAUGGACACAAGAAAAGUGGUGAAUCUUGGGGACUCUCUUCUUGUGCCUUGUGUUCAAGAAUUAGCUAACUCGCAGAUGGAUACCAUUCCUCCAAGGUACAUACGGCAGGACCAAGAUCAACCCAUCAUCCAGAAUGAGGUUUCAGCAGAAGAGGUUCCAGUUAUUGAUAUGCAGAGGUUACUUUCUAGAGAAUCUAUGGAUUCUGAGUUGACCAAGCUUCAUUAUGCUUGCAAAGACUGGGGUUUCUUUCAGCUGGUGAACCAUGGAGUGAAUUCUUCACUUUUAGAGAAGAUAAAGAAGGAGGUCCAGGAUUUGUUCGACCUCCCAAUGGAAGAGAAGAAAAAGUUAUGGCAAUGUCCUGGAGAAGUAGAGGGUUUUGGGCAAGCCUUUGUUGUAGCUGAGGACCAAAAGCUGGACUGGGGUGACAUCUUCUUCAUGACCACCCAGCCUGUUGAAGCAAGGAAACCUCAUUUAUAUCCAAAGCUCCCUCUUCCUUUGAGGGACACUUUAGACGCCUAUUCAUCAGCUAUGAAAAAUUUAGGCAUGGCUAUCCUAGCACAGAUGGCUAAAGCACUAGAAGUGAAGACAGAGGAAAUAACAGAGAUGUUUGAAGAUGGAUUUCAGUCAAUGAGAAUGAAUUACUAUCCUCCAUGUCCUCAACCUGACAAAGUCAUUGGUCUUACUCCACAUUCAGAUGCCUCAGGUAUCACUAUACUCUUGCAGGUCAAUGAAGUUGAAGGUCUUCAGAUAAAGAAAGAUGGUAAGUGGGUUUCCAUUAAGCCCCUCCCAAAUGCAUUUGUCAUCAACAUUGGAGACAGUUUAGAGAUUAUAAGCAAUGGGAUAUACCGCAGCAUUGAGCACAGGGCAAUAGUGAACUUGGAGAAGGUAAGAAUCUCCAUUGCUACGUUUUAUGCUCCAAGGAUGAAUGCUGAAAUAGGGCCAGCUCUCAGCUUAAUCAAGAAACAAAGUCCAGCAUUGUUUAAGAGAAUAGGAGUUGAAGAGUAUUUCAGAAGUUUAUUUGCUCGUGAACUCCAUAGUAAAUCUCACCUUGAUACCUUGAGAAUUUGACAUGAUCCUGAUCCGCUGAUGUGGUAUCAUGCAUCUUCUUUCUCAACUUUCAUGCAAAUAAUGUAAUAUAUGGAGGCUUGAGGGACUUUCUUCCUGUAAUGUAGAGCAAUGAAAAAUGAGCCGACAAUAACAGUUGUUCAUACAAAGAAAUACCAAUAAGGGGGAAAACAAAGCCCCCAAGACAAUUGUUUUGCUAUUCUCAUUAUCAUCUUAUUAAUAUAAUAUUAUAAUAACAAGGAUUUCUUC